AUGGAUCGACAAAUUGUUUGGAUGACCUCUCCACCCAAUGAACUCUCGCUGCCUGGAGAGGAAACUUGUGCAACUCUGCUUGUGCAUUCUGGGGCACAAUUCGACAACCAUUUCGUGCACCCUCCUACCUGCAAACACCACUGUGAGAUAGCUGUGGUUCGAAGCCUCGAAAAUACGCACUUUGCAAGCAGCGGAAGAGACAAAAUCUCGUCCUCAGGCGUCGGGCCAGGCGAUACCGACCUGGCUUACUCGAUGACGCCAUGUAACGUGUGCUUGUGUCUGACUGAUGGUCGGAUUGACGAUGGCGACCUGCACCUGGAUGAUUUCGGACAAUUAGCGAACCUCCAAUCCAAUAAGGCCCCCACAACAGACACCACACUCAUUGUUCAAAGCAUGACAGACUCAACGCUGUCUUCGCACGCGCCCGACGAUAUCUCUGACGAUAUCUCCGAGUCCAGCUUGCAUCAGCAGACACCAGAGCCAGAGUCACAGCAAUGGCAGGGUCAGACACGUUUGACAUCAUUCCUCCUUUCAUGGAUCUUGUCAGACCAAGGCCAAGAUCAUACAGAGCGCUGGCUUGCCGGAUGCGAACUGCCACAUUUUUUCACCCUGGACAGCGAUAACAUAGUAUGGAAAUGGAAAGAGACGCCACAGGUGACGGUGCCGCUGGAGGACUGGGAAAAUACUGGCUCGUCGGACAUGUCGGCCGGCGGGAUCGAUCUUUGGAGCGAUGACAAAAGGUCGCAGAAGACCGAGGUGACCUCCGCUUCAUCAUUGUGA